UACUGAAGCCGUUGGGCGGGACGAAGCAGAGUCCAUGUCCACCUCUGUUUGGUGGCUGACUAGUAUAGAGAGGAGAAAAAAAACACAGAAAAACAUAUAUGCUCCGUUCAUGUGGACUAAUGUGAGUUUUGAUUGAGGCCUGUUUGUUUUGGAUGCUUCGAGAAGGAACACGGAUACGCCCCGAUUUCGGAAACUUUCCAGAGGUCGCCGCUGGAUAAAUUUGGCAACCUGGCGCGGCAACUUUAACACCAGCAGCAGCAGCGGCAGCUCCCCUAAACCAGUCCAGCACCCGGUGAUGUCCCAUCAGUAAUGGAGGCCAUGGCAGUGAGCACAUCUGCACAGGGUCCAGAUGAGUUUGACCGGAAUGCUCCCCGGAUCUGUGGCGUCUGUGGGGACAAGGCUACCGGAUUUCACUUCAAUGCCAUGACCUGUGAGGGCUGCAAGGGCUUCUUCAGGCGCAGUAUGAAGCGCAAGGCCAGUUUCACCUGCCCCUUUAAUGGCAGCUGCACCAUCACCAAAGACAACCGCAGACACUGCCAGGCCUGCCGUCUCAAGCGCUGCGUUGACAUCGGGAUGAUGAAGGAGUUUAUUCUGACCGACGAGGAGGUGCAAAGGAAGAAGGAGCUAAUUCUGAAGCGCAAGGAAGAGGAGGCAGCACGGGAGGCGCAGAAGCCCCGCCUCACCGAUGAGCAAACUCAGAUCAUCAACACGCUGGUGGAGGCGCACCACAAAACCUACGACGACUCCUACUCGGACUUCGCCAGAUUCAGACCCCCAGUGAGAGAGGGUCCGGUGACACGCAGUGCAAGCCGUGCUGCCUCCCUUCACUCCCUCUCAGAUGCGUCUUCAGACUCAUUCAACCACUCACCAGUGAUGGAUGACCGAGGGAAUCUGGUCUAUGUUUUAUCUCGUAUAUAUUCUGCAGUGAAUCAGGAAGUCAUGGCCGACCAUUUAAGUGUUCCUAAUCGCUCAGAGUCUGUGGACACUAAACUGAACUUCAGCAGUCUGUUGUCGAUGUAUCAGGAAGGUACAGGCAGUCCAGACUCCAGCGAGGACGACACCUCCCGGCUCUCAAUGCUGCCCCACCUGGCUGACCUGGUCAGCUACAGCAUUCAGAAAGUCAUCGGCUUCGCCAAGAUGAUCCCCGGCUUCAGGGAGCUGACUGCAGAGGAUCAGAUAGCUCUACUGAAGUCCAGCGCUAUAGAGAUCAUUAUGCUGCGCUCUAAUCAGUCCUUCAGUUUGGAGGAUAUGAGCUGGAGCUGCGGAGGACCCGACUUCAAAUACUGCAUCAAUGAUGUGACCAAGGCUGGUCAUACUCUAGAGCUGCUGGAGCCGCUGGUGAAGUUUCAAGUAGGACUGAAAAAGCUCAAUCUGCAUGAAGAGGAACACGUGCUGCUCAUGGCCAUCUGCCUCAUGUCUCCAGACCGGCAGGGUGUUCAGGACCAUGCCCGCAUCGAGGCCCUGCAGGACCGCCUCUGCGAGACUCUUCAGGCCUAUAUCCGCAUCAAUCACCCUGGCGGUCGGCUGCUCUACGCUAAGAUGAUCCAGAAGCUGGCGGACCUGCGCAGCCUGAACGAGGAGCACUCCAAGCAGUACCGCUUGCUCUCCUUCCAGCCCGAGCACAGCAUGCAGCUCACGCCACUCGUGCUCGAGGUGUUCGGCAGUGAGGUCUCCUAGCGCCUGGGGCGGCCCCUCGCAGUCCCCCGCCCAGCCCCUCGCCAUGGCAACAGCACCGCCCGGGACGCCACACACACAUCCAGCAGCAGAGGCCCUGUGCAGGGCACCAGUGUGUCAGGGGAUGGAGAAUGAUUACGGGGGACUGUAGGGGUGGGUGUGUGUGUUUGUGGGUGAGUGUGUGUGUUGGCGUGAUAGCGUGCGUGAGGGGAGGGAGGGCGAUCAUGUUUGUAAGUCCGGAGAAGGGUCAUGGGCAUGCUUUUAGAAUUCCCUUUUCUGAGCUAAAGGGAAUAUUAAAAAAGAAUGUACUUAUAAAUAUAAGAAUAGAACUAUAAAUAUAAGCUAAUAUCUAUAUUUAAGAGAGAUGGUUUCUACUAAAACUUAAGCAUAUGGCUGGGUUAUCCUCUGUUGUAAAAUAGGAUUAGCAAGCCCCUUUUGGAUUGUGUUUGUGUGUGUGUGUGUGCGCGUGUAUGGCGAGACGUUUAGAGAUGUGUGUUUGUGUGUAUUAUGAAAGGACACUAACAGACGUGCACACACACUGAAUGAAGUGCAAGGGGGCUUUCUAUUUUUGAUGUCUGUAUAGAUAGGAUAUUUAAUGACCACAAGAGAGUGAGCCAACAAGAAUGUGACUGAAUCCCAAGACCUGAAAUUGAAUAUGCUAACACUAAGCCUAGCCUAACAGGCUAAUUAUAAUUACCUCUAACGACAAGUGUAGGAUCUGUUACAGUUGGAAAAGGCCCAGUUUUUACAUCUAAUUCUAGAAUAUCAGUCUGUACUGAUAGGUGCAAAAGUGCCAAAAGAUUAUAUAGCUGCCAUGUUUCACAAAUCAGUAUGUAUCUUUUUACUGAUGGCUAAAACUGAUAAGAUGUGCAUCUCAGAGGUUUUGCUUGUGAAUGAGGCAGAAUCACUUCUGUUUGUCAGUAUGCAGUCUUGUGCAAAAGUCAGAGACCACUCUUCAUUCUUUUCAUUUCCAGUCAAAAUAGCAAUUAAGGACAAAUGAUUCAUUUUUCAGCAUCAGAGGAAAAAAGGAAUCAUUAACAGCUAAUUAUAUUACAUU